UCCAUCUUUCUCAAUCUAUCUCUAUCUAGAAAACCUGGAGAAGGUUAUGAAAUUUGUUGACAAUUGUCUGGAGUGAUCGAUUAUGGAGCCAAAUCCGAGUAAAACAGCAUCGCAGCUUCGAUCUUGGGCGAUUAAAACUGGAAUGGACGAUGAAAAUCUCUGCGAACUAUGGAAAAUUCUUCAGAAUGGGAUUUUUCCUGGGGCACCUCCUGAGGAAAUUGGCCUCAAGUAUGAACCACCUAGCGAUGAUGAUGAGGAGUUCACUGCCUCUGAUUGUCCACCACCUGCCAAAGUUCCCAGGGUUUUUGCUGAUCCUCUUGAUAUGUCUGAUGCAAUUGCCACCAAACAAGAACUCCAUGAUUUUCAGACGAAAAUUGACGAUAAGCUGGACGGAAUCCGGAGAACUCAGCAGAAAAUUCUGAAACUCUUGCUGGAGCAGAAGAGAGACAGAGAAAAUUUGGAAGCAUUGCAAGGUGGAAAUUUUGGAGAAUCUUUUUCUCAGACCUAUAACAUUCCUUUCCCUCUACCUACGAUAGAGGUUCUCAAAGAAUUGGAUGAAAAGCUGUCAAGUGAAGAGUGUCAACGAGAUUUCAUUAAAUUGCUUCAGUUCUUCUGGAACUCGAAAGAAACAUCAGUAUCGAAACAGGCACUAGCGAUUCUUCAACGAUUACUUGACAGAGAAGUCGCGAUGAGAUUGACAGCUGUCAAAAAGACAGGAGACAAAAUAACUCUGAAAAGUAUGAGUAAUGUGUGGACAUGCAUCGCCAAUGUUUUCGAGAUAAAAGGAAACUGGUGCUUCGAUGACGUCGAGACAGGACUGGGAAAAGUGCUCACACGAGCCUCUGACUGGAAUGGAAAACGACCUCAUCGACCGAAAAAUCAAAUAUAAUUUAUUUAUAAAUUAACUAAUGCUAACGCUAUAAAUAUUAUCAUCCAGAUAAACAAAGAAAAUAUCUCCCACAAAAAAAAACUGUAGAUUAAAAAAAUAAACGAUUUCCAUUAAUUUUUCA